GAGUCUCAUUCAGCAGCAAGACAGGAUGGAACUCACACCACUCUGCUGGCAGCUCUUGCUGUUGAGUACACUGGUAUACUGUAGCCUCGGACAAGGUGGAGCUUCUCUGAGUGUCAGUCCUGACAGAUCUCAGUUCUUUAAAUAUGAGACUGUCUCUCUGAGCUGUGAGGUUCAGGGGAACUCUGCUGGAUGGAGAGUGGUGAGGAACUCAGAAAGAGGGAUCCUUUCAGAGUGUAAUACUGACUGGGGAAAACAACAAGGGUCUUCAUGCAUCCUGGCACUAAUACCAUCAGACAGUGGAGUGUACUGGUGUGAGUCUGGGUCUGGAGAACACAGCAAUGCUGUCAACAUCACAGUACAUGUUGGUGCUGUGAUCCUGGAGAGCCCUGCCCUUCCUGUGACUGAGGGAGAUUCUGUGACUCUGCGCUGCAGAUAUCAGGGAACUCCCUCUGACCUCACAGCUGAUUUCUACAAAGAUGGAUCCCUCAUCAGGAAUGAGACUACAGGAGAGAUGACCAUCCCUGCAGUAUCCAAGUCAGAUGAAGGACUCUACAAGUGUACCAACUCUGAAGGAGAAUCACCAGAGAGCUGGAUGACUGUGACUGACCUCUCUCCCUCAGAUCUCUCUCUUCCUGCCUCUAUGAGUGUCAGUCCUGACAGAUCUCAGUUCUUUGAAUAUGAGUCUGUCUCUCUGAGUUGUGAGGUUCAGGGGAACUCUGCUGGAUGGAGAGUGGUGAGGAACUCAGAAAGAGGGAUCCUUUCAGAGUGUAAUACUGACUGGGGAAAACAACAAGGGUCUUCAUGCAUCCUGGCACUAAUACCAUCAGACAGUGGAGUGUACUGGUGUGAGUCUGGGUCUGGAGAACACAGCAAUGCUGUCAACAUCACAGUACAUGUUGGUGCUGUGAUCCUGGAGAGCCCUGCCCUUCCUGUGACUGAGGGAGAUUCUGUGACUCUGCGCUGCAGAUAUCAGGGAACUCCCUCUGACCUCACAGCUGAUUUCUACAAAGAUGGAUCCCUCAUCAGGAAUGAGACUACAGGAGAGAUGACCAUCCCUGCAGUAUCCAAGUCAGAUGAAGGACUCUACAAGUGUACCAACUCUAAAGGAGAAUCGCCAGAGAGCUGGAUGACUGUGACUGGGUAAACCAGGGUACCCAGGAAGACCAACCAAGACCAAUUAGGUGACCGUGUUGAAGAAGAGUGAGGCUGAGUUCACCUGAUCACCAUAACAACCAUCAGAAUGGAACUCAUGGAAUUCUAUUAUAGAACUGUGAGUCACAAUGCUGUAUGUUGUUACAUUGUAGCUCCACCUGCUGGAACAAUAGUGGCAUUUGAUCAAAUGUGAUCUAUUAACUGAUACAUGUAUUAUUCUGAUUGGAAUGUGUUUUAAUAUAAUGUGUGUUGUAUUAAUCAUUCAGCAGCUGUCCUUUAACAUCAGUCAUAUACUGGUCAUAUACUGUAUAGCAUUAUGGUUGAUACAUUGUAAAUGCCUUCACUUCUCAUGUCUAUACAGAUCAACUGAUAGGUGUUGAGGUUCAGGCAUUAUUGUUACAGGUUCAGUAUAAUGUUAUACCGUUACAUGUUACAGAGAUAGAAAACAUACAGGAGAGGAGAAUUCACUUAUUACAAUUAUUUACUUUAUUUUCCCAUUUAGGUCUCGAUAGUAAUUCUUCAUUAUUUGAUUUGAUUUAAACAUGAAACUAAUGUAGGCCUAUUGUUUUGUGGUUUUGUGCAAAAUGAUAAUUAUUCUAUGAAUCAUCCUGGUAAGAUAUUGGUUUAGUCUUUGUGUCAUAUAGAAUUAAAUGAAUGAUUUUCCUCAA